AUGGCAACUGCAGCCUCUACAUCUUCUUUGAUCACUCUCAAGUCUAACUCUGCACUCUGCUGUACUUCAUCGUUGAGUUUUACAGCGACCCAAGUGAUCAAAACCCCUCAAUCAGUCUCUUCUUCAAGUUUAACAAGCAGCAUUAAUGGCUGCACCCGGAUUUCAGGCACUGUACUGAAGAACAAUAACGGGUUCCGCCGGAAAAGAAGUGGGGUGGUCUGCUCUGCUGCUUCAUCAAAUCUUCCCAAAGCUCUGCUCUUUGAUUGUGAUGGGGUGCUUGUUGAUACUGAGAAGGAUGGCCACCGCAUUUCUUUCAAUGACACCUUUGCAGAAAAAGAAUUGGGUGUAACCUGGGAUGUGGACCUGUAUGGAGAGUUGCUCAAAAUUGGGGGUGGAAAAGAAAGAAUGACAGCCUACUUUAACAAAGUGGGAUGGCCAGAGAAGGCACCAAAAGGAGAUCAAGAACGAAAAGAAUUCAUAGCCUCACUUCACAAACGGAAAACUGAGUUGUUUAUGGUACUUAUCGAGAAGAAGUUGCUACCACUUCGACCAGGUGUUGCAAAGUUGAUUGAUCAGGCUCUAGGAAGUGGAGUCAAAGUUGCUGUAUGCAGCACGUCUAAUGAGAAGGCGGUGUCUGCUAUAGUUUCAUGCUUACUUGGACCUGAGCGAGCAGAACAAAUCCAGAUUUUUGCAGGAGAUGUUGUUCCUCGCAAGAAACCUGAUCCGGCCAUCUAUCAAUUAGCUUCGAAAACACUGGGUGUUGAACCCUCCAGCUGUGUCGUCGUAGAAGACAGUGCCAUUGGUCUUGCUGCUGCUAAAGCUGCUGGAAUGAAGUGUAUCGUGACAAAGAGCGGGUACACAGCUGAUGAAGAUUUCUUGAAUGCAGAUGCAGUUUUUGACUGCAUCGGAGACCCUCCUGAGGAAAGGUUCGAUUUGGCAUUUUGUGGAAGCCUUCUUGAGAAACAGUAUGUUAGCUAG